AUGUCGUCUUCAAUUCUAAUUAUCAAUGAUCCGUCUGUUUACAGCUAUGAAAAAAUAUUGUCAGAAUUCAUUGCUGAAUUGCCCCUGAAGUCGAACGUAGUAGACAUUUUCAUUGUAAGCGAAAUUCUGAGUUCUAAUCUUUUCAACUUAGUCUUGUCUAACCUAUAUAAUACGAUAAGAGCCAAGGCAAACGAUCUAGGGUGGGACUAUAAACUUGGAAUACUGGUAAUAUUCAAUCAAAACUUGGAACUACUUGAUUUAAGUGCUUAUGAUCUGGUAUAUUCAAGCUCCGAUGUUGAUGUGAAUGUAGAUAGUGCCAAGAUACUCGCGUAUGACAGUACCCCUGCUAAAUUUCUGGCAAAUAAAGAAAACUUGCCUAGUAAUUCAGUAGGCCAGUAUGGUACUGUAGCAUGUGGAGGAACGUUCGAUCAUCUUCACGAUGGCCAUAAGAUUCUCUUAUCAAUGACUUUGUUCUUAGCGUCUAAAAAGGUAAUCAUCGGAGUUACUGGGCCAAAGCUAUUGACGAAGAAGAAAUACCAAGAGGUGUUAGAAUCUUAUGAAAAAAGAGAGCAGAAUGUUAAGGAAUUCUACAAGCAUAUCUUAGCUUCUGCAAGUAUUGAAUUUGACUAUUAUGAGAUUAACGAUGUUUGCGGGCCGACUGGUUUUGUUCGAGACAUCGAUGCUUUGGUGGUCAGUGGAGAAUCUGCAAAGGGCGGUGAGUUUGUCAACAACUAUAGAAGUGAAAAGAGUUUUCCUAUCUUGGAUAUAAUCACUGUAGAUGUAGUUGGAAAAAACGAGGAGGAUGAUGAUACAUAUGAAGGGAAACUAAGUUCUACCGAUAUUAGAGAACUUGAAUAUAAAAAACUUGUAGAAUGA